ACGGAUCUGACAAAAAUGGUUUUUUUCUUCUUUUUUCUUACAAUUAGGCAAAAGCUUAUGUCUUUGCACAAGAUAUAGAAAAGAAAAGAAAAGAAAACAGAUGAGAUAGGUCACUGGCCAAAUCCAAAAGACUUCAUAGCAAAGUAAACAUCUUUUAUCUUUAUUUUUUCUUACUUAGUCACUUGAUGUAAAGUACAGUCAGCUUCUUCCUUCUUUUUCUCCCCCAAUUUCUCGAGAGAAUCUCAAGCUUUUGUUUUCCUUUCUUAAUCCCAUUUUCUUCACACCAUUAUGUACUUAUAAACCCAAGGAGUGAGAAGGAAAAAGAAAAAAAAAUCAAGCUCAAGCUCUGAUGGCGAAACAGAGCUACUUCUUCUUGUUUCUUUCUCUUGUCUCACUCUGUUCCUCAACAACUACUCAUCAUGAUGUCAUAAACCCACCAACGGUCUUCCCUACAAACCCUACAACUACACCGCCGGCUACUACAUUUCCUCCGGUGACCAUAACGCCGACAAAUCCAGCCACAACAAUUCCUGUUAAUCCUCCAGUCACAACAGUUACUCCUUCACUCACACCACCUGUGACCAACCCAGCGACUCAAUAUCCUCCAGCACAACCUUCGGGGACGGUUCCAGUUCCAGUUCCGGUUCCUGUGGUUCCACCGCCUGUUGUCUCAAACUCUCCAUCGGUUCCAGGACAAACCUGGUGCGUGGCAAAGCCUGGAGCUUCUCAAACUUCACUCCAACUGGCUCUUGACUAUGCCUGCGGGAUCGGUGGAGCGGAUUGCUCUCAGAUACAGCAAGGAGGCAACUGUUAUUCGCCUAUCAGUCUUCAGAAUCAUGCCUCAUUUGCCUUCAAUAGCUAUUACCAGAAGAACCCUUCUCCACAAAGCUGUGAUUUUGGCGGUGCAGCCUCAGUAGUUAGCACCAACCCAAGCACUGGUUCUUGCGUUUACCAGACGGGUUCAUCGACAUCAACUUCAACUCCAGUAGGAACAACAACACCAACUCCAUCGACACAAACAGUGAACCAGCCUCCUGUCACAUCAACACCUAUGAUACCAACAGGAGGCGGGAUAAUCGGGGUUGGAACUCCACCAGCAGUUUUUAACCCGGCGAAUCCUUCAUCAAAUACUCUGAACAAUCCAUCCUCUGGAGGUUCGGCGAUUUACGGGUUUGAUGGUUCACCAAAUGGAAACAAUCCAACAUCAUCAGACUCUACACAUUUGCAGAUUCACUUUGGUCACACUAUGGUGGCAACAUUCAUUCUUCACGCAGUGCUAUUUCAUUAGAAGUAGAAUAUAUAGGAGUUGAGUUA